CAGGAUGAGGAUGAUGGAGAGCGCGGACUCCGUGGUGCCCCGGUCCAGCGAGGACCUCUGGGCCGAGAUCUGCUCCUGUCUGCCCCAUCCCGAGCUCAAGGACAGCGGCGAUGCCUUCACAGACUCCUUCACGGACUCCUACGCCCAGGGCAGCGGAUCCGGUGGCUCUCCCCGCCCCAGCCUGAAGCCCUGGGCACCCCUGAACGACUCCGAGGUGUACCUGGCAUCCCUGGAGAGAAGACUGAUGAGGAUCAAAGGCUUGUCCCAGGAGGUGACCUCCAAGGACAUGCUGCGCACGCUGUCCCAGGCCAAGAAGGAGUGCUGGGACAGGUUCCUGCAGGAGAAGUUUGAGGCGGAAUGUUACGUGGAGGGCCACGACGCUGACGAGAGCACUCUGGAGCACCUGAAGCGCUGGCUGCAGCCUGACAAGGUGGCCAUCAGCUCCGAGGAGGUGCAGUGCCUCAUCCCGCCGGAACCGCAGCCGGAGAAGCAGGAGAACGAGGAAGAGCCUCCGGCUGCGGAGCAGUGAGGGCCCCCAGAGCUGCCUCUUGCCCCAGCCCUCAGGAAGGUGUUCCCAGCCAUAGUGAUAACAGGGAGGAGGGCACAGAGCAAAUUGUCAGUGGUUUAAGAAGCAAAAAGAACCCCCCCCAACAGACGAAAUUCCAGCUCUGGAGCUCCAGAGACGGCGACUGACGUCGGUAAGGACAAGAGGGAGCGCCUGCGACACAGCUGAAGUGAAACCCCACUCUGAUCUUCUCCCAGCCUGCGGCCACCUCAUCAUUCCAGCCUGGAUGUGGGUUGUUUGGAAUCCACCAGGAGACACAUUGAACAAAAUAAACACAGCAGUUGUUGAGGGGGAUCAGAAAACACCACGGUCUAGAGCAGAGCAGAGAAAACCACUGAAUCGCUUCUUCCUGUCUUCUUCCUGUUUAUUACUCACUUGGGCAUUUUUUUCCUCUCCUGCCAAGUCCACUUGGGGUGUUUUCUCCAGAUCUUCCCUGUUUCAGUGUGAGUUGCCCCAGGAAGACAGACCCUUUUCACCCCUGUGAAUUUUGGACCCUGCAGGAAGCUCUCACUGCAAUCAAUAAAUUGAUGGUGGCAUUGAUGUUGUACCUAUUUCACAUUCCCUAAUACCCCCUAAUACCCUACCUUAUUACCCAAACUCUCUAUUAUAGACUGGAAGGGGAGUAUUUUUCCUCUUGUUUGUCAUUUUGUACCUGUUCUUUAUCCCUUCAGCCUCCCCAAAGAGAGUCAGCUGAGAUUCUGUAUCAAGAAACCAAGAGUGAUAACCAGGGAGGCCACAAACAGCUGCUUUUCAUCACAGACUUGCAUAGAAUUCUCUGAAUUGAAGUACAUUUGGUAUUUAACUGGGGGUUUUUUACCCCGUUUAGCUCUGCAGAGGGUUAUUUCCCUUUACUAAUUGAAGAAUCUGUAGUUUCUGUGCUGAUUUUUGGUUGAUCCGUGUGUUCCACCUCGGCACUGACACUGGGGGUCGGUAGAGGGAAGCAGCACACGCCUGUCAGAGCUCCUGAAGAGAAAUUGUGGCUCUAGGAGUUUAUCCACACCAGAUUCAUCCCGUGUUCAUUAUGUACCUGUUUGGAAAUACAUCUUUAAGAGUAAAUUCUUUCUAGACCUUCCC